ACGAUAGAGCCUCCUGUGACCGGACCAAAUAAAAGUUUGUAAGCGCGAGCCCCGAGACGCUGGUAAACCCUGAGAAACCCGAGAGAGAGAGGAGAGGGAGAGGGAGAGGGAGAGGGAGUGAGAGAGCGAAGGUCGAUGGCCCAAGCUAUGGAGAUCGAUGCGCCAAAGAAAGAAGAUCUCUUCAAGGCCGCGGAGAGCGGCAACGCCUCGUUCUUCAGAAACCUCUCCGAAGAUGAGCUCCGGCAUGCACUUUCUCUGACCAAUGAGGACGGCCGCUCUCUUCUCCACGUUGCCGCCUCAGCCGGCCGAACCGAGGUUGUUAGCUUUUUAGCAGCCGCGAGUCCUUCUAGCGGUAUUGUGAAUAGCACCGAUGAGGAUGGAUGGGCGCCACUUCACUCUGCUGCGAGCUGUGGCAAUGGAGAAAUUGUUAAUAUACUGCUCGAGAAUGGAGCUGAUGUCAAUCUGACCAAUAAUGGUGGACGGACUGCCCUUCAUUAUGCUGCCAGUAAGGGCUGGAUCAAGAUAGCUGAAACUCUGAUAUCUCACGGCGCAAAAAUCAAUAAAAAGGACAAGGUCGGUUGUACCCCUCUGCAUCGCGCUGCAAGUACAGGCCACUUGGAACUGUGUGAGCUAUUGAUUGAGGAAGGAGCAGAGAUUGAUGCUGUUGAUAGAGCAGGGCAAACAGCUCUCAUGCAGGCAGUGAUAUGUUGCAACAAAGAGGUUGCUCUCCUCCUGAUUAGGCAUGGAGCUGACAUUGACAUCGAAGACAAGGAAGGCUAUACUGUGCUUGGUAGAGCAACUGGUGAAUUAAGAAAAUCACUUAUUGAUGCAGCUAAGGCUAUGCUUGAAGGCUAAAUGAACACGACUGUUUCUGGUUGGAUUGACUAUUUUAUUACAAACUUACAAUGCCAAUUGUAAUCUAAAAACCCUUUUGCCCUCCAACCUCUGCUGCUAUUGGUGGCAACUAUGUCAUAGAAUGAUAGAACUAGUGGAUAAUAAACAUUUUAGUGAAUUAUUUUAA